CUUCGGAUCAUUUUAUUGUUUUUUUUUUUGGAGGCUGUAAUUACAGAUUUUCUUGUAACAUUUAACUUUUCGUAGCAUAUUGGAAACUCAUUUUUGGUAAGUAAAUUUGUUCGUAAAUUUAAAUUAUUAAUUAUUAGCUUGAUCAUCAUUUAUUAUUUUUGCUUAUUCACGUCCAAGAAGUGUAUAAGUUAGACAGUUAGAAGUUAGGUUAGUUAGUGUAUUCAGAAUCAAUCAAAAUCUAAAUAAUUUUCAUUUCAAUUCAAUGUCAAUGUUAAGUAUAAAUAAUAAUUAUUUUUUAAAUUUCUUCUUAGUUAAAGUUUAAGUCUUAUGUACCACUACUUCUACUACCUAAACUUAAACUAUCUAGACAUUCGCAUUAACAAUUAACAAUGGAGAUUAAUCAUCAUAGAAUCAUAGACUAUAGUAUAGUGUAUAUUUUACUAAAUUUACUAUAUUAAUCUAUAUAUAGUAUAGUAUAGGCUAUAGGCCCUAUGUCUAUAGCUAUAGCUAUAAAUUAUUAUAUAUUAUGUAAUAUAAUAAAUAAUAAUAUAGUUAAUAGUAUAGGUUUAUUCAUUUAUCCAUGAUCAUUUGUAAUUAUCAUAUCAUAAUUUCACAGACUAGUCCUAGACCUAGUUAGUAGGAGUAGUAAGUAGUAGUAGUAGUAGUGUCAAAAUGAAAAAUGAAGUCUAGUUGAUGAUUUCUUAUCUAGUCAACUAAGAGACCAUCCAUAAAAUAAGACUUAUUAUUAUUAGACUUGUAGUCAGUAGUAGUCUAGAACUAGACACAGACAGAUGAGUAGAAGACCACAUAUGACUCAGACUCUUACGUUUCAUUAGACUCUAAGUCUAAGACAGUUGGAGUUGAGUUGGCUAGCACUAUAACUCAAGUUAAAUGAAGUUAGUGUACACUACUUGUAGUAUGCCAGUAAGUAAGUGCAACAAGUAUGAGUUUGAAAUGUUCCUCACCAUGGCCAUGGGUUAAAAAUAAUAGAGUUAGAGGCUCUACUGAGUCUACUGUAUUGAUUGUUUUAUAAACUCUGCUCUAUAUAAUUUAGUAACUAUGUCAAUAUGAGUAAUUCUGAAUAAUACUAAAUUCAAAUUUUGGAGUCUUAUGUAUAAUAAUAAUUAAUACCUAGGCUUAGCUAGCAGAUUUCAUGGGGGUUACUCAAUCCUAUCCUAGUACAGUUUACUGUAAGAUUAUUUGCAUCCCUCCUAGCUCAAAUCAUGGCUAUGUCCUUUAUUAAUAUGAUUAUAAAUUUAAGUAUUAAAGAUUUGUGACUUGCUAAGUGGGUGAUAUUGUUCUCUUGGGGAUCUGAGGUUUAAAAAAAAAAAAAGUGACUUUUAUUCCAUUUUGAAGCCUCAUCUUCCAAAUUUUAUUUAGUACUUUUCUUUAUACUUGACUAUGUAUAUGCCUAUUGUAUUUAAAAUGAGUUUUUUUCAAAACGAUAUUUUGUAGGGUUUAAUUAAGUUUGAAAAUAUCAAAUUUAACUAUAGGCAGCGAGGCAAUAGUUCAGUUACAAAGCACAUUGCUUGUUCAUUAUUUAAUAGCCUAUAUGAAACUUCCAGAGAUUGAUGAUUCAAAUUUUUAUUAUUACAUAUUCAUUAAAUUCAUGUGGUCUUUUGAAAAAGAACUUAAAUCAGUAAAUUGAUUUCUAUCUUUCACUAUAAGCAGUAAUUAACCCACUUCCCCCUCUUUUUUUUCAAAGAUCAGCUAAUUAGUGGUAUUCUUUGGCUUUUAUGUUGUUUCUUAUCCAUAUCUUUGCAAAGAAAGAAGUUCCAGAUUACUGAACAUGUUGAAUAACAGCCCCAUCUAAAAGACUGAAAACAAUUUUUAGAACCCCCCAAAAAAAACAGUUUGAGAUCUCCUGCAUUCUUGUGUGAUUCCAACCCAAAGGGUGUUUUGACUUACCUCCGUUACUUUCAUGUGAAUGUUUUCCUUUUAAGAGUAGAACUGGGAGAACUCUGUGAAUCUCAUUCUUAUACAGGUAUGAAUUUAUCAGUUUUUAGUAGUCUAAAUUCUUUGCUAGUGCAUGCACCUUAACAGGAUAAGUCCACCCAGAAGCGUAAAGCAAUAUUUUGAGAUUUUUAAAUCAUUACUGUUUUAAAUUAAUCUUUUCAUUGUUUUCAUCAUUACACUAAUAGUUGUAGUUCUAGCGUUUGUGGUGAAAAGGGUGUUGUAUUGUGAUUCAUAUAUUUACACAAGGGGAGUUUCCUUGAAAAUGUUUUAUAAACACUGAUCUGAAUAUUGGUGAACUGUAAAGAUUUCACUCUAAUGAAAAACUAAUUUAAAUCUGAAAAUAAGCCUAUUAAAGUAGUGGAUGUAUUAAGUGGAUGUAUGAAGUGAUGAAUAUACAUAUGCAUUCAUUUGAAAAUGCAGUAAACAAUUUAGUUGCACUUUGAAAAAAAUUUGAAUGCAGUGAUGCUAUGUUUUAGUGAAAAAAAUGUUUGUUGUGCUUCCAGUUGGAGUACUUCCACUAGAACAAUAAAUAAACAUGGACCACAACAGGAAAAGAUUAAGUUGUCUACAGGAUCUAGACUUAGGACCUGGAGCUAGUGAAGGUAGGAGAAAGAAAGCAGAAAUUCACUUUUCAGGCUUUAGAUUUGGCUUAUUAUUCAAGCCAAAAAUACAAGUAACUAGUUAAUAAAAAUACUUGAUGAAUGCUCUUGAUUUUCUCAAGUUAUUUGAUCUAUACUUUUCAGUCUUUUUAAAAAUUUUCACUGUGUGUCACAUUCUAACUCUAACUCUUAAACAUCUUAAAAAUAUUAUAUUAUUUAUAGGCUAGAAUUGUUUUGAGACUUUUGACAGUAAUAUUAUAAUUACAAUAAUUGUGUGGACAUAAAAUUUAAGCUUACAAAAUUUCCAACUAAAAUGCACUUUUCAUUAAAUUAUAGAUGAUAUAAAAAAGGCCUACAGGGCAGCUGCUCUGAAGUACCAUCCUGAUAAGGUAAUGUUGCAUUUUGGGUUCAAAUUUGGGAUUGUAAAAUUUCAUAUAAAUUAUAAUUUAAAAAAAAAAAAAGUUGUUUUAAAAAAAGCUAGAUAAUAUUUGUGUGUGAGAAGGGAACAAGAAGGCUAAAAAAAAAAAUUAUUUUUACUGUUGUUUCUAAAUAAUUUAAACAUUUUCAUACAUUUGAAUCAGCGAGUUUUUUUCAAUACAUAGGCAACCUUUCUAUAUAGUUACUUUAACUUUUUAUAUACAACUAACUAUUUCCCAUGGCUUUGUUCGUGAAGAUUUUUGGAUUUGGUACAAUAGUUUGAAAAAGAAACAUGUUAUUUUUAUCAAUACUCUACAAAUAUUUUACAUGUUGAAGUUUUAUAAUAACACCAAACCCAUACCCUAACUGUAUUGAUGUAAGGCACUCCCAGACUUUCCAAUACCCUAACUGUAUUGAUGUAAGGCACUCCCAGACUUUCCCAUACCCUAACUGUAUUGAUGCAAGGCACUCCCAGACUUUCCCAUACCCUAACUGUAUUGAUGUAAGGCACUCCCAUACUUUCCCAUACCUAACUGUAUUGAUGUAAGGCACUCCCAGACUUUCCCAUACCCUAACUGUAUUGAUGUAAGGCACUCCCAGACUUUCCCAUACCCUAACUGUAUUGAUGCAAGGCACUCCCAGACUUUCCCAUACCCUAACUGUAUUGAUGUAAGGCACUCGCAGACUUUCCCAUACCCUGACUUCAUUGAUGUAAGGAACCCCCAAACCCUUACUGUAAUGAUGUAAGGAACCCCCAAAAUCUCUUAUACCCUAAUUGUAUUUUUGGUGAAAGGUAAAAUUUGUAUGCUCCUAUUUUUAAAGAAGAAUCUAACGUCAAAUAUUUUACAUUUGUGAAAACUUUGGUUUUUGAUAUAUAAAAUGUAUUCUCAUGAUAUGAAACCCACAUGGACUUAAUUGUCAAAAAGGAUGAAACAAGAAUUUAGUUAUUUGCUUUAGAAGAAUCCAUGUCUAUAACAUCAUCAAUAUGUAUCUGUAACAUCAUCAGCCCAUGCCUGUAACAUCAUCAAUCCAUACAUGUAAUAACACAAAUCCAUGCCUGUUACAUCAAUCCAUGCCUGUAAAUCAUCAAUCAUACAUGUAACAUCAAUCCAUGCCUGUAACAUCAUCAAUCAUACAUGUAACAACAUCAAUCCAUGUCUGUAACAUCAAUCCAUGCCUGUAACAUCAGUCCAUGUCUGUAACAUCAACAAUACAUGCCUGUAAUAUCAUCAGUCCAUGCCCGUAACAUCAUCAGCCCAUGCUUGUAACAUCAUUAGUCCAUGCCUGUAAUAUCAUCAAUCCAUGCCUGUAACAUCAUCAGUCCAUUGCCUGUAACUUCAUCCAGCUAUCAGAUAUUGGUAAACUUCUCAAUCCCUUUUGAUCCCCUCAUGUGGGAAUUUCUGAAAAUCCUUUCUUGGUGUGUGCUUACGUGACAACACCAAUGUACCUAACAAAGUUCCUGUUCCUAGGAUAAACUCAUACUCAUAUUGAUCAGUCUGUCAGUUCUGACAUAUUCUUUUAUUUUUAUAGAUUAGUAUUUUAUUGCCACUUGAAGUAAUGAAAAUCACAUGGAUGAAUGAGUUUGAUAUUGACAAACAAUUUAAAUGGAAGGCUCACAGCUUAUACAAGGAUUUAGCAAUUUCAGAUCUUCAUUCAAGCUUUUCUUUCAUAAUUAUAUCCUAACCAUUCUUAUAAUUGAUAACUAAUUGAAAUUGAAAGCACAUGUAGCUACUUAGCGCACAAAGUUAAAAAAAAAUUAAAUUAUUUCUCGAGUUACACAAUUUAAUUAGAACAUUUGCAACUGCAGAAUGAAGAUCCAAGUGCUACAGACAAGUUCAAGCAAAUAUCUGCUGCCUACCGUUAUCUAACAGAAGGUUAGUUUGUGUAGAAUUUUUUAGCAAACUUAGUUUUUUAAAGAAAUAUUAUCCAAGUCCAGUUCUGGUCUGUUAAGUAUUUCAACACUUAUCUGAACUGCAUUAGAAAGAAGAAAAAAAAUCCCGUUAAGUAUGAGUUGAAUGCCUUAAAAUUGCCAUAUCUUUUGACAGGUGAAAUGUUCGUUCCAAAUGGUAUGGGGGAUCCCUCAGAUGACAUACUAGUACGUAUUUUUAUUAUUUCUCUUGCUUUGUACUUACUAAAAAUACACCAUUGACCUAUAAUUAUUCAACUUAAAACACCAUGUUCAAAUUUUGUUUUUAAAAAAAUGUUCAUAUUGUAUUGGUGCAAGUGCUGUCAAUUAAUUAUUAAUGCAAAUCUUCGUUGUUUGUUGUUCAUCAAUGAGAGUUUCAAAUUUAGUGCAUGGACAUUUAUGUUUGUUUAUGGUCAUUUAAGGUCUAAUAUUUUCACUGAUCAUAAAAGACUACCUAAAUUUGUAAUAACAAAAUGCAACCAUGGUUUGUACUAAGUCACCAUCCAUCCCUGUAGCUUUGGCCUGCUUCACCACUUCCUUCCACUCAGACCUAAUGGAUGCUUUUUUUUCCCAUGCUUGGAUUCCCAGCUGGUGUAGAUAUUUUUUGCACAUCAUCCAUCUAUCUUAGCCUAGGUCUGCCAUUGAGCCGUCUUCCUCUGGAGUUUUGGUGGUGCACCCUCUUCACGCAUCCGUCAUUUGGCAUUCUUUCUAAAUGUGCCUCCCAGUGUAACCUGCCCUUUUUUAUUUCUGCUACCAGCGUGGAAUUCUGAUAAAGUCUAUUCAAGUCACUCAAUUUAAAAAAAAAUAGCAUUGAAUAAUAAGAAUAUUAUUUUUUUAUAAGGGUUUAACUCCCAGGUUCUCAACCCACUGGUCGUGAGUUAAAAUUGGAGCCCAGAGGUUUUACUGUGGAGUCACCUGCUGUGAAAGUGAACUAAAAAUAAGGAUUUUAACCGCAGUUUUCAUUUCUAAAUGAUGUCUUAAUAACUUUUGAAUAAUUUGAAAAUGCUGUGUCUGCUUUAUGUGUUUUCUCUUACGGUGUUAAUUUUAAAAAAAAAUUAUUGCAGUCACUUUGCUUCUAUGAAAUAGAGUUGCAACUCAAAAAGGUUGGGAACCUGUGGGUUAACUAAUCAUUUUAAACUGAUUUGAUCUUAUUAUUUUCAGUUUCGAGUUUUCAUGCAGAUGUUUGCAAGGAACUUUGAAAGACCAGCCUGUAAGUAACUGUUGUCCAGAGAGAGAGUUCUAACUUCAAUUGAGUUUAGGGCUUAGGCUUGGGGGAACUGUCCCUUUCAUAUCAUCUGGCACCAAUGCCUCAAUUUCACUGGGGCCUUAACUUUCCUCAGAAAUGUUUCUUUUAAUAGAUCAACUUAAGAUAACAUUCUCAAUUUGAAUCAUAAAUAAUUCUCUCAAAACAUUGAUGAUGAAUAUUGAUGUUUUCUUCAAUAAAAUUCUGAUACACUGGGUGGGAGAAAUUCUGAGAUUUAUUAUGUGGGAGCAGUUCUAAGAUGCACUGGGUGGGAGCGAUUCUGAGAUGCACUGGGUGGGAGCAAUUAUUUUAUUAAAUAACUUAACUUCUCCCACCUAGUGCACCUCAGAAUCGCUCCCACCUAGUGCAUCUCAGAACUGCUCCCACCAAGAUUCUUUAAACAUUUUUUUUACCAAAUAACUUAUGUUUACAAGUUCACACAGCCAAAUUGUGAGAGCCACAAAUGUCAGGGAUAAAUCCUUGCUAGAAAAUCCCCUGAUAUUUAUGUAUGAUACCAGCUCCAGAUACUCAUGACUGACAUGGAUAUCCCACAUAGGUUUUCACACUUGUGCAGGCUCAACUAUGGCUUCAUAUGCAGGAUCUUUUGUUUAUAUUAAAGUUAUGUGCUAGCGUAGCAGUAAGUGGCUCUGAAGGCGCAUGCAGCCCUUUGAAUGAAUCAAGGUGUUGUAGUUUUUUCCAAUUCAAAUACUUGCACCAUAAAAAAAAAAAGAGUGAAUAAAUAAGUAUGUGACCAUGAUGUAACUGUUGUUGUAAUUGAACUGUUGUUGUAAUGUAACUGUUUUCAUAUGCCAUUUGCUGGAAAAUGGGUAUAUGGAAGCACUAACUUAUUAAUUAGGAUCAAGUGAGCAUAUUCUCUACACCUAAGUGAUCCACCACCCAUGUCUUCCCCUUACAUUCUAAGAAGCUCUUGUCAAAAGCGAAAGUGCAGGAAAAAGAACAUUUAAAAAAUAAAAAAAAAUUUGUUCCUCUAAUCUUGUUUUAUUUUGACCACUCCAUUUAAUCAGACUUUAAAACUUCUUUAACAAAUUUUAAUCUUGGAACAACAGAGUCUAAGCACUCUUAGGGCCAGUGUCGAAAACUACUAAUAAUUUGUUAACAAACCCUGUCAGCUGAACACAAUGCAUGCACAAUGGUAAAAAUGUGACGGUUUUAUGCCUGUGUGUUGCCAGCAUACAAUAUACUAAGACCAUGAAAAAAAGUCAUGAAAAUGACGCCUGCUGGUCCUUUUUUUUUUACCAGUGAGUAGCAAUGGUCACUGAAAUCUGGGAUUUAUAUGGGAACAAUUUUGCAGCAGAAAAUCCAAGUAAUAGUAAUAUGUGAGCAGUGGACACGUACAUUAAAUGGAAUAUACAUUUAAUUCUUAGGUGCAGUAACCUGUUAUUGUUUUACAGACCUUAUUUGCUAGUCUGAUUCCAUGUUAGUCUAAUGUCUGAGUCAGUGUUGGUCUGAUGUAUGAGUCUAUGUUAGAGUAAUGUCAUCAUCUAUGUUAAUCUGAUGUCAGAGUUUCCGUUAGCCUGAUGUCUGAGUCCAGGUUAGCCUGAUGUCUGAGUGAAUUUCAAAAAUUUGUUUCAGAUUUUCCCCCUAAUCCAUUCUACGGCUUCUAUGACUCUGAUAAUGAAGACUAUGAUGAUGAUGACUUUGUGUACACUCAGAAUCCUUUCAAUAACUUCACUUCCACUCAAAGGGGCGGGGAGUCCUACACUAGUCAGUCCAUUCGCCAGAAUGCCAACUUUCAAAGAGCCAAUGCUCAGCACGGAGCAUAUUACCAGGACCUGCAGAAAUCGGCAAAGAAGAAGAAACGUGAGGCAAAGAGAAAUGAAAAGAAGGCUGCAGAGGCUGGUAAGCAAUAUUAAAUUAGUUUACCACAUGUUCAGUUUAUUUCUUUCAGCUAACUUGUUUACGUCUUGUCUGGAUACGACAUUUGUUCUUUUUAAGAUUAUAACAAUGGAACAAGAUGUGCUUGGGCUUGCAGUAAAAAGACAUGGCAAUCACAAGGACGUUUCAACUAGAUGCGUUCUCCAGUAGACAAUGCAAAACAAGAAAAAACAGCUAGUUAGAAAACCAAAAAUCAAGACUUAUGUGUUAAAAAGUCUAAAGGGUUGUGUCAGAUCAAGUCAAUGUUUGUGUCUAAAGUGUCGUGUCAGAUCAAGUCAGUGUUUGUGUCUAAAGGGUCGUGUCAGGUCAAGUCAAUGUUUGUGUCUGAAGUGUCUUGUCUGGGUCUGUCCUGACAUGGACAAGUUGGGUUGGGGAUGUGAAAAAUAGGGCACUGUAUGACACGGAUAAGCCUUCCAGUUUUGGGACUACUUUGUUGACAUCCACUGAAUGCAGCGACAUGUAUCCUUAAUUUGAGGAAGUGAAUGAUGUAGAGGAGGAGCAGUGACAUGAUGGAACAAAACAUGGGCAAAGCUGGAUCCCAAAGAACUUUGUAUGCAAAACAAGACUGAGAAAUCUACUUGUCAGCCACAUAAAUGUUUUAUGUUAGUAUUUUGAUUUGUUUUCAGAGAGGGCCAAAACACCAUCUUUUCAACAGCAAAGGUCAUCAAGUGCACCCAGAUAUCACGAAUCAAAAAGAGAGGAGUCCAACUCGUAAGUCAAUUAACUAAACCUGACCCGUGGGUGGGAGGACAUGAAACUUUCACAGAACAGAUGGUAUUAUGAGGGUGUGGUCCUUAAUAAUGCUCACACACCAAGUAUAUAUAUGUGUAUGGCAUCCUUUUGUCUUUGCAAGAUGAUGGAGUAGCUUUUGAUGCUUCUUGCAGGAGAACCUUGACGCCUGGUUAAAUUUGACCGUGUACACCAAGUAGUAUUGGUGUUAUUGAGACUACUACAGGACAGCUCCUCUCUGUGAUGGUUCACUGGUCCAGGUGUUGAGAGGAACAAUGACAUAAAUAGUGUACGCUAAACAACUCCACUGCAACAGUUAUAAAGAAAAAGAUGCAUUGAUGAAUAAAUUAUAACAAAUCCAAUAAUGGCACUUUACUGACUCUAACACGGGGCUGUCUAUCCCUAGGUGUAUCUUUGACUAUGGCUACACUACCUCUGCGUAAGUCAGUCCAGAUUGACUGUCAUUGUCCCCAAAAGCUCUCCCUCCAUAAAUGGUCCAAAAGUGCCACAAAAUAUUAAGCUAUCCCUGCCCCCUCAUUUCCUGUCAAAUUGGAACUUUUAUUGUUAACCCCAAAAUGUUCAUUAAAUGUCUGGAAGGCAUCUUUUUUGAGAUGGGAGAAUCUAUUAAUUUUAAUAUCCUAACACCUCCUUUCCCAAAAUCACAGUGAUUCCGGCCGCCCUAUAAGAGUUACCUGAACAACAAUGCAGCUCAGUUCUGUCCCCCCACCCCAGUCAUUUGUGACAGACACGACCAGUGUGUGGCUUAGCCCAUUCUUUCCUGCAAUGUUUUAUGUGCCAGAAAAUACAUGACCAUUAUAAAUGUUGAAUCUCUAGAAAUCGCUGCACUAACCAGGUUUAGAUCUGUUUACCUGCUGUGGGCUGUUCCCUUUGCCACUGCAAAUUUGUUUUCCAAAAUUAGCGUAUGGAUUCUCUUUCCCUGACUUUUGAACAAAUCUAUCUAUCUAUAUAUCUCAAGUAAAUUUUCUUCUCAUUGUUAUAAAAAAAUCAGACUUCUUGUUUUUGAAGUUGUGUAUGGUUUUCUGUGGACUAUUAAUAAUUUUUCAUUGGCUUGAAUGUAAGACAAAAGUUCAGUGGGAGAGGAUUAAAUAAACUAUAAUUGAAGAUUGACAUUAAAUUUAACACAUUUUUUUAAAACAAAUAUUUCCAAGAAAGAUUUGUGAAUAUAGGAUUAGUGCAAUUGAGCUUUUCAGAAAGUUUUAGAUCAACAAAUGUCUUGGCUACAGGGUCACACUAUGAACUGAAACAUAAAAAAAAAGUUUAUUUGAAUAAAGAAAACAUUAUGUUUAAAAUGCGCAUGUCCUAUUUGUGGAAGUCCCUAAUCAAAUCUACAUUAGCCAAGUAUACAUUAACCAGGUCCAUAUUAGCCAGGUCUAUACUAGCAAAGUAUACAUUAGUCAAUUCUAUAAGUCAAUUCUAUAUUACCAAGUAUAUAAGAACGAAAUAUAUAUUAGCAGGGUCUAUAUUAGACAAGACUAUAUUAGCCGAGUAUAUAUUAGCCAAGUAUUUAUUAGCAAGUCUGGAAGGCAUCUUUUUUGAGAUGCAAGACUCAGGACAGUCAAUUCCAUAUUAGCCAAUCAUAUAUAAGCUAAGUCUAUAUUAGCCAAGUGUAAAAUUUGAAAUUUUUAGCAACAGGAGACUAAUGAGAAGGUUUUUGAAAAAAAUUUCAGACCCAGGCCAAAGAAAGAUCAACCAAGUGGACGGCCAUCAACACCAAAGACGGAGCCAUCGGCAGCAACAAAUGCAUCUGGCAAGAGUAAAAAUGAUUCAAGCACAGUGAGUAAUUUAAAUUCUUUUCAUAGUUAUGCUUUCUGAAUAUCAUUAACCGUUUCUGUUCCUUGAGCUGUAGUCCAAUAUUUCACUUUAACAGUGAAUAUUUAGGAAGAAAUAUUCUUAUUUUGUUGUUUGAUUGUCUUCCCUGUUUCUGUUCCAACAUGGCUGUCUAUACCCAACUUAAGGUGCAAUAUAUAUCAUGGCUGUCUAUACCCAACAUAAGAGUGCAAUAUAUAUUAUGGCUGUCUAUACCCAACAUAAGAGUGGAAUUAUUUACCUGUUUCUGUUCCAACGAGGCUAUCUAUACCCAACUUAAGAGGGCAAUUAUUUACCUGUUUCUGUUCCAACGUGGCUAUCUAUACCCAACUUAAGAGAGCAAUUAUUUACCUGUUUCUGUUCCAACGUGGCUCUCUAUACCCAACUUAAGAGAACAAUUAUUUCGUUUUUGUUCUGCUCCCAUAAGAGGUGUAGUAUAGCCAGCAAGGUGAUUCAACUAAAUAUCUGUAUUCAAAAUAAACCAGUUAUUGUAGAUCAGGGUUCUCAAACUCAAAUCAUCCGGGGGCCGCAGGAGGUAGAGUCUAAUUGAGACGGGGCCGCAGGAGGUAGAGUCUAAUUGAGACGGGGCCGCAUCAAGUAAAAAAAAAAGCGAUUACAAAUUCAAUCAAGUACAACUGGAACUAUCUGCUGAACCUUUAUUAAUAAUAAAAUAAAAAUAUUAAGGGUUCUUAAGAACUAGGCUUCACUUUCUGCCUCCUACUCCUUCUUCUUACAGAGCUGAGCAACAUUUGCUUGAGUGAGGAAGCAACUGAGACCCUCAGUAUAGCUUGAAGAUGCUCAUCAAUAAGUUAGGCCCUGAACUUUGACUUGUUAAAUUUCAUAGUGGGAAAAGAGCUUUUUACACAGAUAGGUACUCCCAAAAAGGCACAUGAUCCGCUUGAGCAACCUGGAAACCUCAGUGAAGGUGGAGGGCAAUGCUCUCAUAAAUUGUCCUUGCUUGUCUGUUUCUCCAUUCACUUCCUGAACUUGGAAUGGCACUGAAGAUCAAUCAGCUCCAUUUGAAGCGCAAGUGGAGGUGGGAGGUGGGAUGCAUCUUUCACUAUAUAAGAGAAAGGAUCAGCAGAAGGUUGAAAAGUAGCUCUUUGUGUUUUAAAGUCUAAAAACAUGUGAUCAAAUUCUUCCUGUAGCUUUGCAAUGGCAUCAAUAUACUUACUACUGAAUGGUGUUCCGAAUCCAUGAGUACUUUUCAUGUUGGGAAAUGGCAGAGGUUUCUCUAAGAACUAUAACACACAUUUUGUGCUGAAUGUCCUGACAUUCUCAUAGGCAACACUGACAAUUCUUGUAACUUCUUGUUGAGCAAAUUUAAUGCCAAGAAGAAAAGCCAAGUCCAUGAGCCAUUUGGGAUCACUUAGUACAGGAAAAACCAUCUCAUCCUUCUCAUGAAGGCUUAAAAUGCUAAAACGUGUUCAAACAGUAGACAGGAGCAAGCAAUAUUUAUGAAUUAUUAAUGUGAAGGAAGAUGCUUUUGUAGGGAGAAUGAAUUUGAUUUUUUUUUAUCGUAGAAAAGGCCUUUUUGACUAACCAUAUUUUGAGCUCACAUGCUUGGAAUUUCCCUAACUCGUUAACAGUAGGGGCUAUUUUAAUAGUGAUUCUUUGAUACUGUGUCAGAUUGCUACGAUUUACACAAUUAUGGUUGUGCAUCACCCACUAAGUGACAUGUUAAACUUUUGUCAAAACCGCACUUUGGCCGCCAUGUUUGUCUCAUGAAAUGCUACAAAAUAAAAACCUUUGGUACGGUUUUGAAACGGUUUAUACCAUUAUAAUCAACAUCCAAAUCUUGACAAAUAUAAUAAAAAUCAGAAUUAGACUAGUCGCUGAGAUCAGACUGAAACCGUCACGAAGGGUCACAUUAUAGAUAUGAGAAUGGGGAAAACUUGCGGGCCCCAUUACACUAAACUUUGCUGUCAUGUGGCGGGCCGCAAAUGGCCCACGGGCCGAGAGUUUGAGACCCCUGCUGUAGAUGAAUGUUUAAACUUUUCGAGAGAAGCCCCAAUAUUCAUCACCUGUCAUUUUACCUGAAGAUAAAGAUUAUAGGAUUAUUAUUUAUUUAUAACUAUUUAUUCAUAUGACUUGUCUGCCAUGCAGCCAUUUUGUUUCCACCCAUCACGUUGCUGCACUAUUUGUGUGUAAUAAAACAGUUGCAUUAAGCAACUUAGAUUUAAAAGAAUAAUUUGUUUAGAUGUGCGGUAUCUGGGACUUGUCAUGAACAAUGUUGUAAUAUUUGUCUUAAUCAAAAUGAAAUUAUUAACUGUUCUGUUCUUCUCUAGACCAAUGCCAGUGAAGACCAAGCUCCCAAGAAGAGUAAGAAACAGUUGGCAAUGGAACAGAAGCAAAGAGAGAAAGUUUGUUUAUUUUUUACCUUCUUUUAUUUUAGUUCAGUUUUGUUUAAAUAAAAAAAUUAAAGCUAAAAAAAGAAAUCAAUUUUUUAUUUCAGUUUAUAAAAUUUAUUUUUGUCUAAAAUUUUGAUGAGUUUAAAGGGUCAACAUCCUCCAAGAUGUGCAUCAUUUUAAAUGUUUGUCCGUUCUUUAAAUUCACGUCCUUUUAGAAAAUGUUUGUUGGUUGAGAAAACAAUUAAAUCGAUUUAAUUUGUUUUAUUUUUUAACAUCUGAAUUAUUAUUAUCAUUCAGGAGGCAAGUCUUAUUCGUGAAGAGCUGGAGCAGAAAGAGAGAGAGAAAAGAGAGAAGAUUGAGAAAAAGCGAGCAGCACAGCUGGAGAAAGAGAGGAAGGAGAGAGAGGCACAGGAGGCAGAGGAGCAGAAGAGACUGGAAGAGGAGGCAAGGCGAGAGGAGGAGAGAAGGUGAAUGCUUGUUAAUGCAGCAGAAGUAGUUUGCAGUGUUCCCAGUUUUAUGUGUUGUUGUGUAGGACAUAGUUCCAUUCUGGUGGUUUGUCAAGAAAGGAUUAUGGAAAUAUGUGUUUUGUGGUGUUGUCUAGGGUUAGGCCCUUAAACCAGUUCACAAGAAUAACACUUGACAAAAAAUGUGUUAAAUUAUUAAUUAUUUCACUAUAUUAUAACACAACAUUUAACCCAUGGUCAAUAGUACAAUUACAAACACCACUCAUCCAGUUAUUACCGCAAGUUUAGCUAACAAACGGAGCCUAAACGCUACAUACUAAAUGGAUCACUGGACUACACUGUUUACACUUUCACUCCCUGACUUGUUCUGCCCAUUCCCCCCACUCUACUAAAUGUGCGUACCUUUCGUUCACACAAGUUCCUACGCGAGCCACUCUUGCACAUUCACACCUGGACUACUUUCAUAAAAUAGCUAACUAUCAUCAGAAAUUUUGUCCUGGCAAAAAUAACUUGACUUAACCAUUUAUCAUAGGCCUAAAAAUGCAUUUGUUAAUGAAGGAUCAGUUCAGUCAAGAAGAUAUGAUGAAAAUAGAAAUAUUCAAAACAAAUAAAAAUAUUGACUGACUUCAUUAUUUUUUGUACUAGAAAACAACGAGAACUUGCAGAACAGCAGAGGAGAAGAGAGCAGGAGCUGGCUGCCAAGAGGAAAGCGGAGGCUGAUCUCAGGAACAAACUGAUGGACGACUUUGACAAGUCCAUCCUACUGGAUGACGUGGGGGACUUCAAGUACACAGAUCCAGACCUGCACAACAUUAUCCGAGUGGAUAACAUUAACCCAUUGGGAGACGUAUGUGCUGAUACUUUUUUGACUAUAUAUUAAGUUCUGAUGGCUAUAUUUGUCAAUGCCAAAAUAGCAUUGUUCCAUUUUUUUAGAGUUGAACUGCUGGUUAAGAUCACCAGAAUGUGAGUUCCAGGGCUUUGCCAGGUCAAUGCUGCUCAGUGGCAUAUGGGCAUAAACCCCUGAUGUACAGAUCAUUAAAAUGUCAAAUACUAUUUAUUAAGCUUCAUAUUUUUUAUUAUCAUAAAGCUCAAACUGAUUUUUACAAUUUUAUAACUCUCUACCUCUAUCCACUGUCUGGUAUAGUGUCUAUAAUUUGUCUAUUGAGGUUGUAGAUAAAAAUCACAUGUUGUUUUUAAUGACUUCAAAUAUAAACUUCUUAAAUUUUAUUUUAAAAAAAACAGAACUUUCUAAACUUUAUUGCAGUCUUCCCUCAACAAUAGACUAGGCACAGAUAAGCGACAAAAAUGCUGGGCUAUCUAUUUAUUCUGAAUAGGCUAUCAAUUUAAUCUAAAUAAGCUAUCAAAUUACUUUAAAUACGCUAUCAAUUUACUCUCAAUACCCUAUCAAAUUACUCUAAUAGACAAUCAAAUUACUGUAAAAAAGCUAUCAAAUUACUCUCAACAUGCUCUUAAAAUGCUAUAAAUAAGCUAUCCAAUUGCUCUCAAUACACUAUCAAAUUACUCCCAAGAGGCUAUCAAUUUACGAUUUACUCUAAAUAAGCUAAGUUAUUCCAGUCAUUACAAUCUGCAUUAACAAACUUCAGUUAUCUUUGGUCAUCAUUUAUCUUUGUUCAUCAUUUAUCUUUGAUCAUCUUUUAUCUUUGGUCGUCAUUUAUCUAUGUUCAUCUUUUAUCUUUGGUUGUCAUUUAUCGUUGGUCGUCAUUUAUCUUUGGUCGUUAUUUAUCGUUUGUCCUCAUUUAGCUUUGGUCAUCUUUCAUCUUUGGUCAUCUUUUGUCUUUGGUCAUCUUUUAUCUUUGGUCAUCAUUUAUCUUUGGUUCUGCUUUUUCCACCCAAAAAAUAUUUCUGAACCCUGCUUUCCGAUAUUGUUUUUUUUUAAAAAAAGGCCCGUAAAAGCAAUCCAGUGAAUAUGGACAGCAUCAAUGGACUGAAUACUCAAGGUGAGCCCAAACCUUAUGGUUAGGUUAGCCCAAAUCUUAUGGUUAGUUUAGCCCAAACCUUAUGGUUAGUUUAGCCCAAACCUUAUGGUUAGGUUAGCCCAAACUUUAUGGUUAGGUUAGCCCAAACCUUAUGGUUAGUUUAGCCCAAACCUUAUGGUUAGGUUAGCCCAAACCUUAUGGUAGGUUAGCCCAAACCUUAUGAUAAUGUUAGCCUAUGGUACUUCAAAGAUUUGUUUAACAAUAUCCAGUAAGGAGGAGUGGCACUAAUGAAGACAUUAGAACCAGAAUGCAGCAGAUAGCAAGUGCAGCCCUUAACACCCUGAAUAAAAUGUAUGGACUGGCAAUGGAAAAAUUAUGAAAAAUAAAGUCCAAAAGCUACUAAGCUUAAACAAAUAAGCUUAAUUUUUGUGGUCUCUCUUUCUUUUUUACUAUAGAUAAAAUAAGGAAAAUUAAGUUGUUAAUGAAUAAAUUGAUUUGGUAGAGUACAUCAAAUAGUCUAAACUUAUUAGGUCUAUGGUAGAGCACAUCAAAUAGUCUAAACUUAUAAGGUCUUUGGUAGAGCACAUAUAGUCUAAACUUAUAAGGUCUAUGGUAGAGCACAUCAAAUAGUCUAAACUUAUAAGGUAUUUGGUAGAGCACAUCAGAUAGUCUAAUGGUAGAACACAUCGGAAAGUCUAAAAUUAUAAGAUAUAUGGUAGAGCACAUAUAGUCUAAACUUGUAAGAUCUAUGAAAGAGCACACCAAGGUCUAUAAAAGUUAUCAUGACAGCUGUAUGGUGACAUUAAUUAUAUUAAUUAAUUAUCAUGAAUUUGAAACUUUUCUUUUCCAUUUCUUUGCUAGAGCAAACUUGUUCUUCAUUAUUUAUCCUUGAAAAAACUUGGCAGCUUAACUUAACGAACUUGUAAUUCAUUUUAUUUCCGAAAUUCAUGAACAAUAUGCUGUUUCCUAUUACACUUUUAAUGGACUGGAUCAAAUUAAAGGUUCGUCUGUCUAUCUCACCAGAUCUAAUAAAACUCCAGAGUGCUUCUUCCAGGCCAGCAGAGCCUCCAAAAAAAUUCAUUGACCCAAAUCAAGCUGACAGGUAAUGUAGACUGGUGCUUCCCAAACUUUUUCAGUCUCACAAACUCUAGGGAUUUAUCCAUGCUACAGCAGGGACUCAAGUCAGAUUUAUUGAUCUUUGCUUUUGGUUAUAGCUCAUGAUAGAUGCAAGUCAACAUGCACCAGUCAUUACGACCCUUUUCGUUAUAGCUCAUGACAGAUAGAUGCAUGUCCACAUGCACCAGUCUGCGAUGACCCCUUUGGUUAUAGCUCAUGAUAGAUGCAUGUCAACAUGCACCCGUCUGCGAUGACCCUUUUGGUUAUAGCUCAUGAUAGAUGCAUGUGAACAUGCACCAGUCCAUGAUGACCCCUUUGGAAAGCAGUGCUGGACUGAAAACUAUAUUAGCUAACAAAUUUUAAGUUGACGUUUAUAAGUUUUUCUGGCUAUCCAGAAUAACUCAUUCACAAUCUCCUUGUUUACACAAACUUGUUAUAUCAUUUAGGCUGAAUGAAACUGUAUCAGGACUUUCAUAUACUUUUUCAAAUCAAAUUUCCAUCCAAGCAACAAAAAAAAGGACAUUUAAUAUAUGGAAUUACUUAAUUUUUUAAUUUUUGAUUUGAUACAUCAUCGCUCAGGUCUUUUUUUUUUGUCUAAUAGUUACACUCCACUGCAUCUUCGCUAAUUUGUAUUUUUUUCCCCUGGUGAUUUUUAGAUUUGGUCCCAUAGGAACAGUACCUCAAGAGAAAAAUUUUAACCAGUUUUCCAACCCUCGUCCUGCAUAUCCAAAUCGUGAGUUUUAUAACAAGCAGUAUGCCAGCAGCCACCGAUCACAGCAGUGGGCCAACCCGCGGCCAUCCAACAAUUUUCCUGGACAGUUCACGCGUCCUCCUCCGCAGGUAUUCAGUCAACGACCACCUUACAGACCGUUCGACCAGGGGCCCCCUCGUAUACCCAACAUACAGUUCCUGAGGCAUGUUCCGCCUCCUAAUGCGGGCGUCCACAACCUCAGGUAUCCAAACCAGUAUCCACCAAACUACAACUUCAUCCCCAGUCAGGGGUUCCAUUCUGCAGGCCCCAGGAUGGGUUCGGCUCGAUCAGGUAUGCAAACCACAACUGGAACACAUUGACCCCGGCAAGAGACCCGGAGAAGUGAGGUGGUGAGUUGAUGGAAACAAACCAGAGCCAUUUUUGUUCCAACCACUGUUAGACACGUAAGGGAAAAAAAAAUUAAUGUAAAAAAAGUUCUAAAUGCCAUCAAAAUUAAACUGUAAGUGACAUAUAAUGUAACUGUGUGCCUGACAUCUUGAUUAGUUUGUUAGCAAAGAUUUAUUUGGGCAUGCAGUUUGAAAAGGGGAUGGAGUCAACUAGACUGACGAGACACUAACUGUAAUUAGGUGUGGGAAACAAAAUGUGGAGGUUUCAUUGGCUUUUCAAUUUAAACAUAUUUAUGGAGGGAUCAGCUUUUCUGUUGUUUUAAUUGUACAAAAACAUUAGUUCCCUGUUAAAGACAAGUUAUGUCUAAUGUUGUUUGACAAGAGAUGUGUAUAAAUUUUUUUUAUUUAAUGUCCGAAAUACGUCAUAUAUUUAUUUUGAUGCUUUAGCAACGAGCAUUGCUAUUUUUAUGUACAUAAUAAAUAUCUUAUCCAUAAAUUAUGGAUAUUAAUAUGUUGUGAUUCAUUAAAUUUAAAUGGAAGUAAGUUGUUUUGAUGUUAUUUUAUGUCCUAGAAGUUCAUUCAGCUUUUUGUCAUGUAAAAGAGAAUAAUUAUUUAUAACAAAAUUAUGAUGCUAAUUAGCUGUUUAACAACAUUACAAUUUUAUCAAAGAAUUGGUAGAAUUAUGUUAAAAUUACCUGUGAUGAUGAAAUUUGUACUUUUCCAGAGAAGCGGUUCAUUUGAAAAAUAAUUAUAAAAAUAUUUUAAAAGUUAAAUUUGAAGAAAUUAGCACAGAACUUGUUGUCACAGGAGUGUUCUAAAAAAAACAACAACACACAAGUGUAUCAUUUUUUUUUGGUUAGAAAUUCUAAACAUAUAUAAUCAGUUUAUAUUGGAAUCCUCCCUAUAAACAAUAAAAUCUUAUAAAAUAUGUGCAUGGGAUGGAAACGUUUUUAUGUGUUUGUUUGAAACAAUACAUCAGGUUUCAGCAAGUGUCAAUGAGCUGUGCCAUUAAAGAAUUUGAUUUUAAUUAUUUUUAAAAAGUUUAUUAGAUUACCACAAUUUUAACGUUUUAUUUUAAAAAAAAAAAAUAAGUUUCAGAACCAAUCGGCCAUGCAAUACAAUUGUUCUAUUUGCUCAUUACCUUUGACAAGCAAUUUUGAGGGUUGUGACAAUCCUCCACUGUGUACCCAACUUAAAAAUCCCUCUCUGUCGUGACAAUCCCCCACUAGAGUUUUGACAAUCUCCCACUAGUUUUGACAAUCCCUGACUACAGUAGUGACAGUCACCCACUAUAGUUGUGACAAUCACCCACCAUAGUUCACGAUGAAAGUUCACUAUUAAUUUUGUUAAAAAUAUAUAGUAUUGAAUGCUAUUACCAAAUAGAUUGGUAGAAGUAUUUGACCAGUGUGUGUCCCUUUCAAAUGGUGGUGAUAUUGGUGUGAAGCAAAUAGCGUCUAAUACUAUUCACAAGGAAAUUGAAAUUGACUUUUCAUUUUAUGGUGGAGUCCAAAAUUAAAUCCAUAUGUAAGUAAACUGUUAAUCAUUGUUUUCUGUUUAUCUGUCUAUCAUCUCCUGAAAAUUGGCUUAAAUUUUGUGUAAAAAUGCAAGUGGGCGACUCAGAGAUUUUUCUUGGUAAUAUUUUUUACAACAUUCAUCUUAAUCUAGUGCAAAAAAAAUAAAUCAUGAUUUAUGUGAUAUUCACCAUUACUAUCAUUUUUAGCCAUGACUAAAUAUGUGUCUCAUUUUGAACCUAAUUAAAAUUUUAUAUCAAAAUUGUUGACAAUUGAUGCAAACUUUUAUGUCUACACGAGCUUCAAAGACAAAUUUGUUCACAAAACUUGACUUUGGGUCCAUUACCCUGUCUAUAAUAUAUCUUCUAUCCUGUUUGGCUUAAAAUUAAAGUCACAAAAAGUGAAUUGAUAAUCGGUGUCAGAAUUUUGAAACAUCCC